UGAAGUGCGUUUGGAGUUUUAACCAUUUGAGUUUAUCUUGGUUUCAAGAUUGAAUUAUGACAAGYCACAAUGUUUAUUUGUUACUCGCGUUUCUGAUCAUUUGCCCUCUCAAAACAGGGGCGUUGUCAUGGAAAACUGUCCCAUCUCCUUCUCACAACGUAUUAUUAGGAUCCAAUCUUACGCUUGUCUGGGAUUACACACUGGAUCCUGGAGAGACAACAGAAGGAUUUUUUCAAGUAAUCUGGGCCCGCAAAGAUCCAACAGGAUGGCACAACCUGGCCGUUAAAUCGUCGGCUUCGGGUAUCAGUAUUCUACGAGAAGUAAACCGAGUAUUUGUAGACCCCAAAGCAAAUGCUACAUUCACUUUAAUCAGUGUCAAAGAGUCUGAUCAUACAACAUUUAGAUGUGCCAUUGAAAGCAAAAUGAGUCUAACGCCUACUACUGUCUCGCUUAAUGUUCUUGUUCCUGCUAAAGUGCUUCAAAUAUCCGAGAACGAGUCUUUUAUCGAAGGAAACAGUGUUACUCUUGCUUGYCACGUAAAAGGCAACCCAACCCCUUACGUAGCAUGGAUAUCACCUAAUGGAACCAUUCUACAGAACAACACGAAUAAUAAUGUCAAUAACACCUAUAAAAUACCYCACAUGUACGCAUGGCAUGUAGGACCUUACCGCUGUGUGGCAAGUAACGUACACGGGUCAGAUCAAAGCACCACUUAUAUCUACUUGCCUCCAAAAAUAAGCACAAUCUYUCCAAAAGCGAUCACUGUCAAUGAAUCUGAUACAAUYACMCUAUUUUGUAAUGCAACGGGCUURCCUAARCCUUCUAUUACCUGGAAACGUAARACUGGYGAAAUCCUUGGUUCUGGAGAAGUCUUCAMGAUAUCMAAGAUCAACCGCAAUGAAACAGGAUUGUACUUGUGUAGUGCCAGUAAUGGAGUUCUAGAAUCUGCUGUAGCAAAUUCUUCAGUUAAUGUGCAGUAUGCACCCAGUAUCGUGUACUCAUCAAACAGCCAAUCGAUUACCGAAAACAGUACGUUAACUUUGUUUUGUAAUGCAACCGGYAACCCUGUGCCUUCUAUCCAAUGGUUAAAAGUUGGUAGUGUCUCUAACGUUUUUCCYCAAGGCAAUUGGUUAAAAAUAUYUCCCRUAAAAGAAAAUCACAAGGGUCUAUACAAGUGUAAGGCUGACAAUGGAAUCUUAAAGACAGCAGAGUCUUUUGUUUCAAUCAACGUUCUUGUUUCGCCAGUCAUCAGUGUACUGUAUCCAUCGACACAAGUCUCCAUCGAAACAAAUCCUGCUACCUUUUUCUGCAAUGCCACAGGAAACCCAUCACCCAACAUUACGUGGACAAAAUUAGGUGAUAGCCAUAUAUACUCUCAAAACAAUCACCUCACUAUUCCCCGUACAAGCAGAAAUGACUCUGGGACGUACGUGUGUACCGCUGAAAAUGGUGUUGAUAAAGCGCAAGCAAAGGCAACCCUCGAUGUUCACUAUUCUUCAGUUAUAACUACUUCCCCAUCUGAUCAAACACUGAAUGAAACAAAACCUUUGACUUUGUACUGCAACGGCACUGGUAAUCCUUCGCCCAACAUCACUUGGGUAAAGGAAGGAGGGAGYCUAAGAGUAUUUGAACAAGGAAACGUUCUUCAUAUAAAGCAAGUAUUAAAGUCUGAUCAAGGAAUCUAUAGGUGUACGGCUAGUAACGRUGUUGGGAAGAAUGACACAGCAAYAGCAAUGGUUCAAGUAAUUGUUUAUUUUGCUCCAAUAAUAWACUAUACACAAAGUAACAUCACAGUAAACGAAACAGAAACAGCAGAACUUCAUUGCAAUGGAACUGGUAACCCAAAACCAUUAAUACAGUGGUGGUUUGUUGAAAAUAGUAUCCCGAAACACUUAUUUGAUGGAGAAUCACUAAAACUACGAAACAUUCAACGCAAUUACAGCGGCUUGUACCGUUGUACGGCAAGGAAUGGAAUAGGAAAUCCAGCAUUCUCACAUAUGCACCUAAAUGUGCAAUAUAAGCCAACGGCUCAAAUAUCGACGACCAAUUACACAGCUAAUGAGACUAAUGCUAUAGCUGUAAAAUGCCAAGCUACAGGAAACCCAAUUCCAAGUGUAACAUGGGUGAAGAAUGGUUUCAAGUCGACUAUUUCUAUUGGAAAUGUGUUAAGCUUCAUGAAUGCAACAAAACAUGAAGCUGGGACUUAUCUUUGCCAUGUAGAGAACAGCUUAGGUGUGGCAAGCGCUUCAGUUAGAAUCAAGGUGCAAUAUAAGCCUAUUGAUACUGUACUAUACAGUAAUACAACAAACAAUACCAUUUCCUAUGGUAGAAACCUUCAACUUUCCUGUCGUACUAAUUCCGUGCCCCCUCCGUMUUUGUAUUCUUUCUAUCACAAUGGUUUGCUAAUGGCUUCUACUGGCAAUGGCACCCUUCUUUUACCGAAUGUGCAGCGAUCCGAUGCUGGCUUGAUUACCUGUCUUCCGCGUAAUAUUCUCGGUAUUGGUCAGACUGCAAUGAUCAAUUUGACAGUUGUUUAUGAAGUUCCACCAAAAAUUAGCUAUCAUUCCCAAGACCUUACUUUAUUGGAAAUGAGUYCAUURUUCCUGUACUGUAACGCCACUGGAUUUCCUAAGCCACAAAUUACGUGGUUAUUUUUUAAUGRUCUWCAAAYCAGUGUCAUUCGAUCAAACCAAAGCGUACUUACCAUUCCUUCCGCUACAAGAGAUGAUCAAGGAACUUACUUGUGUCGAGCCAGCAACGGUAUUGGCCGUGCGGCAGAAACUGCUGUUAAUGUAACCAUACAAUAUAAACCAGAAAUUCRGCCUGUUCAACAAACGGUGAAUUCAUGGAUAGGAAAGACCACCUCCUUGAUAUGCGAGGYUAAAGGUGRACCACGCCCAGUCAUCACUUGGUCAAGGACUGGGUCAACGAGUCUUACUGUAAUUGAUGACAUGACAAUAAGAAGCACAUUAACCAUUGCACACACCAGUCCUUCUUCGUUUGGUGUUUACACUUGUUAUGCAAGCAACUCGGCGGGAAAAUCACAAGUGAAUGUAAACAUUAUACAGUUUGUUGUUCCAGGCCAACCGUUGAUUAGCCGCGUAGAGCCAAGUCAGUCAUCUAUAAAAUUGUYAUGGAARAAACCUCAAGAUGAUGGAGGGACCAAUAUCAAUUUGUAUACAGCAAAAGUGAGAAGAAAUAGCAACUUAACUCACUGGUCGAGCUGCAAGACCACCAAAGAACUCAGCUGYGUCAUCUCUGGUGUAGACAUUGACAYAGGAUAUACUGUGGAGMUACAGGCGCAGAACCAAGUUGGAGAAGGAAUCAUUUCAAGAGCUCUGUUUAACAAUAUUUUACGUUUAUWACAGCUAUGGGCUGCUUACAAAUCAACGAACUACAUCAAAGGCUUUGGAAUUGUAGAUUUCAGAUCGGGAAGUGUCAUAGCAAAAAUUCGAGUGACUCGACUGCCAAACGCAACCAAUUACCUAGAACAGUUGAAAACUGAAUUAAAAGAUGGAUAUCUUGGUAAUAUGAGGGCAGAAUUGUACUUCUCUACUCCUGGCGGCAAAGGUGCAAGAACAUCAGAUAAUGAUGGAAUAAUUGGUGGUAUAUCAUCUUUUAUCAUACUGCUGAUUAUCGCACUGAUUGUGUUCGUUGUUUGGUAUCGAUGGAAGAAGACAAAGAAAGUUACUCUGGUCAAGUCAAGUGAAAAUGACACCGAGAGCCAAAAUAUCGAAGAAGAAACUACCAAAGCCGAUACUUCUAAAUCAUCRAAUAAAACUACGASCAGCUUUUAUUCUCAUAACGAGGAUGAGGGUAUUGAAAUGGAUAUACUUCCUGAUGAGAGAGAAGGCGGGACAUCUCGCUUGUCAUUAAACAUAAAUUCACCAAGAGUCUCUAGACCAACAACACCAAUCGCUAAAAACCGCGUCCAUCCUGUUUGUGAUGAACAAACAGAAAACAACAUUCGAACUGAAGGUGCWCGAACUACCGAGAAUGACUUGACAAUACCAACYGAAUAUGUCCACGUAUUGGAAAAGAGCGGUACUCGWGAUCGUCUUCAUGCAGAGUUGGCUUGGCUGGAAGAGAAAGGUAGACCAAAACGAAGGAAGCGUUUACCAAGUAUCAAUGGCAGCCAUUCUGGUCAACAUCGCAAAUACAGUAUUCUUGAGAUACUGCAAAGUCAACAGCAACAAGCUAGUGGGCCYUCUACUCAAUCUCAACAGGGCGCACCUGAUGAUAGUGUUUGAAACCUUUACAAGUGUAUACAGUAUGUAAUAUUAGAAUGAUAUAAUAGUAGUAAAAUAGCCACAAAGUCAUGAUCAGUGAAGUCCUUUUUUAUUAUAUUUUAGUGAUAAGAAAUUCUAUUAAAGAGACGAUGGAGCUAUUUUUAAGAAAGAAGGAGGUCUUAUUUUACAUCCAUUGUCGAUUAUAUACAGGUUUAGCAAAUAGUUUUAGCAUAGCCGUACCUCGAGGAUGGUGCACAGGGUGCAAAUCCAGGAGGUACAGGGAGGCYACAUGCAAUGAUUAUAAAUAAAAUUGCACUURUCAAAAAUGAA